GAGCCUGCGCUUUAUUAGUGCUCUUGUCGGUGUUUGAUACUUUCUGAGUGUAACUCUGUUCGUACUAGAAGUUCAGUCUCUCCGCGAAUCGACGUGAAAACACGCUGUCGCUGUGUGAAAAUGAGGCUUCGCCGUGUAACCGCGCUUGUUGUGUGCCUCUGCUUGUGGAUACCUGUUGCUCAGUCGUAUGCAGCUCCAGAAGAUCAAGAUGGAUCAGGAGAUGAUGAUGAGUUCUCAGGGUCAGGGUCAGGAGAAGAUGGCACCUGGAUCAUUGAGCCUGAAGUGACAACCCUGGCAAAUCCUAACACUACAAAGACGGCCUGGUUCACAGAUGCCCCUGUUGGUCUUCCAGAACAUUCUGUUACCCAGUUUGUUACUUUUGAUAAUGAGUCCGAAGCAUCUGGCCACAUCACUGAAGCUCCUUUGCCACACACCACCCAAAUCACUGAGACUCAACCCUAUCCGGUCAUCAUCAAAUCUUCUGGCUCACAGGAAGAUCAGAAAGUUGAGACUACAACAAUCGGUGAAGUGGCACAGCCAGUGACCACUGUACCUCCAGCUGUGAAACCACCAGUGGUGCCAACGUAUGAGGAAGAAUACACAACCACGGUAUAUUACGAGGAUGACAACGGAGAAUCAUCUGUCAUAGACCAAGAUGAAGAUGAAACUACAGUUCUUGUUGAAACCGUGACAACUGGAGCACCUGAUAUGGAGACCACACCACUGCUUCUGACGACAACAACACUGGCUAGUAAUUUAGCUGAUACUGAAGCUUCAGGUGAUGCUGUUGAAUCCACUACUGUUUUUGGUAGUGAUGUUGAAGAAAUCAUCAUUCCAGAGAAGCUUGACCCAAACCUGGAGAAACCAACAAUGAAUGAUGACUUUAACUUUGAGAGUGAAAUCCCUAUCAAGCCGAGACGAAAAACGGAGCUGUCUGGGUCUGAUUUUGCUCGAGGCGGCGCUUCUGACAACGAUAGCUUACUUGAAAGGAAAGAGGUCCUGGCAGGUGUCAUUGCAGGUGGUGUGGUGGGCUUGGCUUUUGCCAUCAUGCUUGUUGCUCUAAUGGUCUACCGCAUGAAGAAGAAGGAUGAGGGUAGUUAUGCACUAGACGAGCACAAACACCCCAAUGGAGGCUACCAGAAACCACAGAAACAGGAAGAGUUCCUGGCAUAAAGACUCUUAAACAUAUCGUCUCUAUCUCUUGAUUCUAUGCUUGACUGCCACUUAAAACUUCCCAACUCACCAGAUUCCACAUGCUUGGUGACCCUUUUUUGUUUUGUUUUUGUUUUAUGUCGACGUUGGAUUUGCAACACAUCGGAUUUGUGCUUGAAUUGGUUGGUUGAUCUCCAGGAAAGGUUUGCUUGUGUUUCUUUAGGGUUUUUUUUUUUCUUUCUUUCUAAUGGAUUCUCACACUGUGGAUUGAGACUGUCUUCAUGAGCCCUAGUUCUGAGUGAGGGACUGUGGAGCUGGCUUUUUUAUUUUUUUAUUUUUGUGUUAGGGCUCUGCUUUCUACCAGUGCUGGGGAACCACAGCAAACGUGAACCGGCUUCUCAUUUCCACCGUGCCUUAUUUCCUGUCCCAGCGAAUUGAAGCGCACACUGUGCAGUAGCGAGAGCGCCUCACCAAUUGUUUGUUGCCUUGGUAACGGAUAGUUGCCAUAGGGACGGAAAACAUGGAUUGCACUUUUGACAUGCAAACAUUACAAUCCUCAAUUACAAUCACUGUUUGCUUGGAACUGAUUGUGUUUCUGCUUCGCCUGGGCUCUCUUACUUUCACUUGUUGAAAUCAUGUUCCACGGUAUUUUAUCACUCGUGCGUGGAAGGAGAGCUGCCUCGCUUAACAAGUGGAAUUCCUUUCCAUUUCCUCAUCGUUUUGUACUGGCUCUGAAGAUGGCAUGUCCGAACAAGCAAGGCAGAAUUGGUAUUGGGGAAAUUGUACGAAUUGGUGAUUAGACAUGACUGUCCUCUUAUCGCUGUAUUUCCUAGGGGGUUAAAUAAGUUUUGAUGUUCUGUAUACCUUAAAUUCUUAAAUACACUGUAUGGAAUUUCUGAAAAAGUACACAAAUCCAGCUUUUGGUUUUUUUGUUUGUUUGUUUUUUGUUUUUUUUUGGCUACUCCAGCUCUUUGUACAUAUGCUAGUGGACCAAAUUGCCGGCUUGAAAACCUUUACUGAGAUAGAAGAUGGCUAAUGUAUAUUACCAGGUCAUUUGAGACCUAUUUGUAUAAGUGUGUACAUGUUUCUCUGUUUUUAGUUAUCAUGUGUAUUAAAGGACUGCUCGGUUGCGAUGAGCUUACUGGAAAGCGUCAUCAAUCUUGUUUAAUCAUGUGCACCCCAAUUCUGCCUAACAAAAAUUGUCUAUUGUGACAGAGAUGUGUGUAAUAAUGGCUCCCUGGAAAAUAUCCAGCUGAGUGUGUUAAAGUAAUUUUCUAACCAAUGUCGUUUAAAAAAAAAAAAAAAAAAUUUAUUGAAGCUGUUCUUUUGUCUAAAUGCUAAUCUCAUAUGUCAAGGAAUUAGCUGCUUAUUAUGGCCGAGCAGAGUAAAGACGUAUUACUACUGAAGUGUCACACUCGGUGUAUUACUGAACCUGUGCGUGCCAUGUGAUGAUGUGUACAGCUUUCUUUUGUUUUCAGCGGUUUCUUUAUGUUGAUGUUGGUAUUUUUACAAAUGGACAAAUAUUUUGACGCUUUGGGUACCUAAUUCCAGGCUUCAGGUUAGCUCAACUAUUUGUCCAUAAUGGAAUUUUCGAACGAGGAAGUGGCAAAAGUGUGUGAAAGUACACUCGCAGCAGAGUAAAAUGUUUGUGCCUUUGCAGAAUGGCUGGCCACACCUCAGAGAGAGCUGCCUUUGUGUUUUGUUGCUGUGCAAAAGAAAAUUAGACCUACUUUGUCAUAGUUUGUACAAAUAUCUCUCUAUUUAUUAUGCACAGUUGUUUUUCUAUGUUUAAUAAAAGGGAGUCCAUUUUCA